GAUUACACUGCCCUGGCCCCUUAUUUCCUCUGGAUUGUCCAGCUUCUUUCUCUCUCCAUAGACUGCACCAGUCCCCUGUGGCUUGAGGGACACGGGGCACCUUGUCAAUGAAUCUGACUUUGUCUUUAAACUUGGACGCUGGGACCAUUCUAAGGAUUUAGUGCCAGAUCUCAAACUUGGAAAAGGGACAUCUCUUUUUUUUAUUGUCAUCACUACAUGUCGAUAAGGAUGUGAUUUUUGGGGAGUACCAGAUGGCAUCUGUCUGACCGGUAAUCCUCAAACUGGGGCACAGAGUGUUGUACAGAUAAGCUUCUGAGCUACUAGGGUCUUCCUCCUCAUCAGAAUUUACAUCCUCUUAUAAUGGGAUGAAGAUAUCUGGCAGUGGCUAUUUUUGGACGGGGAGACCCCCAUCUUUUCAACAUGCCGGAAGGAGCCCUGAAAGGAAGCAGAAAGCGACCAGGUGAACAAGCUGCCCCCAGGCCUUCAUCUGUCAGUUCUCUGAGCGGAAUAGCAGCCGGGAUGUCUGGCAGCUGUACCUCCGUUAAUACUGUGUGUUCGGACAGCGACCGUCCAGUUAGUCUCAGCUCCUCCACCUCUUCAGCCUCCCUCCAGGACAGUCACAGCUCUUUUGGUAGUAGUGGGACCCUUGGAUCCUCCCAGUACUGCAGCCCUUCCUAUCCUCAACAAAAUGGUAGUGAUAUUAGCCUGGACCUUACGCCUGUGGCCCAGUUGGAGUGUGAACACAAGGUACUGUCUAAUGAAAGAGCGCUUCUUGGCUGUACGUGGUCUCCAAUCUUGCGCAAAGCAAGGGAUCCCAAGACCAAGCUUUCCCAUGUGGACAGGGUGGUGUUGGAAAUUCUGGAAACUGAGCAGGCCUAUGUCCGAGAUCUAAAGAGCAUCGUAGAGGAUUAUUUAGGCUGCAUUAUAGAUUGUGGUCAACUCCCCCUUAAACCCGAGCAAGUCAGCACUUUAUUCUGCAACAUUGAAGACAUCUAUGAGUUUAACAGCGAGCUGCUUGAAGAGCUGGAGAACUGCACUUCUGCUCCCAUGAUUGCUGAGUGUUUUGUCAUGAGGAGUGAGGAGUUUGACAUCUACACACUGUACUGUAUGAACUACCCCAGCUCUGUGUCUGUCCUACGUGAAUGCAUGAAAAAUGAGGAACUUGUGCAGUUCUUUAGGGAGCGUCAAGCUGUGUUAUCUCACUCCCUGCCUCUGGAGACGUAUCUUCUGAAACCCGUCCAGCGUAUUAUGAAGUACCACCUUCUCCUACAGGAGUUGGCUAAGCACUUUGAUAAAAAUGUUCCUGGGUACGAGGUGAUGGAGGAGGCCAUUAUCACUAUGACGGCUGUGGCCUGGUACAUCAACGACAUGAAGAGGAAGCAGGAACACGCUGUCAGGCUCCAGGAAAUCCAGAGCAAGCUGGUAAAUUGGCAAGGUCCAGACUUGAGCGGGUUCGGGGAGCUCAUCUUGGAAGGGACAUUUCGUCUUCAACGUGUCAAGAAAGAAAGAGCUUUCUUCUUGUUUAGCAAAAUGCUGCUCAUCACCAAGAAGAGGAUGGAUCUGUUCAUAUACAAAAUGCAUAUCUUUUGCUGCAGCUUGGCCUUGACUGAACAUCUGAAGGACAGCCUGAGCUUUCGAGUAUCAGACCUCACCAUUCCUAAGCACCAGCAGGUUAUCCAGGCCAGGAAUCAGGAGGAGAAACGUCUCUGGAUUUAUCACAUAAAGCGACUUAUUGUGGAAAACCACCCGGCGUCCAUUCCUCAAAAGGCAAAACAAGUUCUGCUUGAAAACACAUUCCAAAACUCUACGGAUAUGCCAGUUUCUUCCGACAGCCCAAAAUCUCCCUGGAUGGAGGAUUUGUGGACAUUUCCCCGUAACCGGAGACAAUCUGAACCUCCUCAUUACAUGUGCAGCCCGGGAAAGAGCAAGAAGUCAUUCACUCUCCAGAGUCUAAGCUCCAGCUCUCCGCACCGCCGUGGACGCAGGCUUUCUGAGCCCGCCAAAGAGAUCCAAGCAGCAUUUGAACAAAGUGGUUUGGCGCAGAUGAAACAUGCAGGCAGCGAGGGAGAACUUUUUCCAUCCACUACCUCUCUUCAGUCUUCGGAUAGCAUAUGUACUCUGGAGUCAUGUAUCCUGGAGGCCACUGGUGAAGGUGAAGGAUGUGAGGACAACAUUGAGGACUCUUCCUUCUGUUUACCAGAAGAUGCUCUGUCUGGUAGUCUUUCCAUCACAGAUGAGAUAAUGGAACUGCUGAACCAGAGAGGACUCCGGGCUGAGCCGAUAAAUGGGGAGCCCAAGGCUUUGAAGAAUGAGGAGGCAAAGCCUGAUGAUAAGGAGCAGGAAACUGGACUUUACUGCAGGGCAGCCACCGGACCACCACCUCUUGGACUAGUCCCAGUGUUGACCCAGAGACACUGGUGCCAAGCAUCGAGGGAUCAGGCAAUCCUCAUAGUAUCUGAAAACUGUGAGCUGAGACAAUCCAGAUCCACAGAAGACCUCACUGAGACUGAGAAAACAAGUUGCAACUUACUUGGUGAGACACCAGAAGUAUCUUUGAGUGGUGACUUAGCUUCCUCUCUGGAUGAGCUGAGAAACCUGGAACCCAGUCAAGAUGGCCCUGAGGUUCCUUUCUGCAUUGGAUCAUCAGAUGAAGACUUGAUGAACAAAGAGAGCGGACACUCCUCUGUAGAGAAUACUGUCUUGGAAGUGCCUAGGCAAGCAGAUGAUGAAGCCACCAUCUGCAGAACAGAUGAUGCUAAACAUGAGAAGGUUCAGCUGUCAGUAUUGCCUGGUGAAGAUGAGGAUGAAUCUUCUGAGUUUAAAGAGAAGGUUGAAGUUGCUGAACCAAUAGAUACAAAGAAGACAAUUUCAGAAAAGAAAGAAAAAAACUUGAAGGUUAAAAGAGACUCCACCCUGACCCCAGAUGACCGCCUGUUGAUUGAAAGGAUCAAAAAUUACUAUGAGACUGCAGAUGCUGGAGCCUCAUAUCUAAGUAAAGAGGAGAGCAUUUCCUACAUUCCCACAGGUGUGGUUAAAGACUCUAUCUUGAGAUUCAAUUACAUUCUGCAGCAAGAAGUCAAGAAAGAUCGGGAAAAAAGUAAAUGUAAGACCAACGGGUGUGCUACAGAAUCAAAGCAAGCAAAUUGCCAAAGGAAACCUUUGUCCCAGGCUGUCGAAGUAGCCAAAACCCAAGUAGAAAUCAGCAAAGAUGAACUGGAGGAGCAAGAAUUAGAGUACAAGUCUUGUGCUGAGAUACGAAAGGCUUGGAAAGAAAAGGAGAAGCCAAGAAAUGCAGAAAUUGGGAGGUCAUUGAUAAAUGGGAAAUCAAGGAGAAAAGACAAGGAAGAGCCAGGUGGUGAGUUGGUCAUUGUUGAAGAAUCUGAUUUAGAAAUUGGAGGUCAAUUGCCAAAAGAAGUUCCUUCGAAAAAAGAAUCUUCAAAGGAACAACAGAAACACACAGAGGAAGAGAAUACCAACAAACAGGACUCACAGGUGAAGACAGGAUGUGAAGGCUUGCCUGGUCACACAAAUAAAGCAACUUUCUGUUCUUCCAGCAUUGGUCUCUAUGAAGCUGAUGAUAUAUGUCUUAUUGAAAACUCUGAGAAAAUAAUUAACAAAGUGCAAUUGCUGGCAAAGAUGUACAGUGAAAAGAUCGGCAGGAUGAAGACUCAGAAGAAACACGGGGGCAUCAAGACCUCAGAUGUUCAAAAGAAAGCGACGGUAAAGACCCUCCCUCAGGUCAUGGAGGAAAGUACUGGUGACAGACAAAAGACAGAACCCCAGUUGUAUGGACAUCUCAAGAUUCAUGAGACCUUGCUUCACAUUAAUUGUGUUCAAGAAAAUGGUCUCAUCCUUCCAGCAGCACGUGAGAGCGUUUUGGAUCUUCUGAAAAAGGAGUCCUUAAUAAUCCGGUACCCUACAAAAGAACAAGUCCCGUUACCAACACCAGAUAAGUUAGCUGAAGUAGCUUUACCUGCAGAGGAGAGAUAUCCUACAGAAAUAAAGGAAUGCCAAGAGCUCUCAUUUGAUGUGUGUAAACAGGAAGAAAAACCACAUGUGAAUUAUGAAUCCACUCAUGAACCAACACCGACCUCCAAUGAUGCCACAUCAGGCAACAUCCAUACAUCUGAACCAUGCUUAGUAAAAGUUAAAGAAUCUCCUGUGACCUGUGAUAAUUGCGAGGAAUGGGAAACUAGUGAAUUAGAGAUCAAUGUACCAGAGAAAGUCAACUUCUCAAUGGCAUCAAAUAACCUUCAAGUCGAACCAACAGCAGCCAUUUCAGAAAUCCAUGACUUUGAAGAAAAACAAGUUGAAUUAAUAAAACCUGAGGCAUCCAAGCACCACACAGAUGAUCAGCACACUAUAAAUAAAGCAGAAGAAACUUCUGGUGAAGAUCCAGAGACUAUGGUUAUCAUAAAUAUGAAGGAGCUGGUUGAUUUAUCAUAUGAAACCAGAGCCAAUAGCGAUGAGCCUACUAAUUCAUGUGGAACAAAGUCCCCUGCUCCCAUAAACACUCAAAAGAAUGAAGACCAUACAAGCUUGGACAAUAACAGUACACCAUCACACAAUUCACCUGCAAUUACCACCUCUGAAUCACAAAAAGUCAGGGGAGUCUCCCCAGCAGUUAUGGAUGUCAUGCAACGUCUGCAGCUUGACUCUUCACUUUCUAGUCCAUCCUCCAAAAAUGCAAACACCUCAAAAAAACUAAAUAUGGCUACUCGUUCAUCGUCCUUUAAGGCAAACACUUUGACUGACAAAGAAUUUCAAGGUAUAAUCAAGCCAAAUUCACAAAUUAAAAAGCAGCAGGCAGCUGUGGCAACCCCUGGCUUCUUAUCUCCUCCAAUUUUGCAGAGGAAGUUGUCGAAAGCAGUAACAAUGUCCAAACAUAACCUAGAGUCUCUGCAGACUCUUCCAAGAAGAAGCCCCAUGACAAAGUCUAGAAGUUCAGACACACACAUUCCAGUCAUAAUGUCCCAACCCUCUAUUCCUAGCCCAUCACCAUACAGAAAUUCACUUUAUUCUGGACUUUUACUAAGUGAUCCCAGAGCCCUUAAGAAUACAGUUUUGGCAGAAAACCGAAAAGUCGGUGAGGCAAAUCAACUGGAUUCCAAAACAGCACCAACUAUUUCAACAAAUGAAGGAUCCCACAAGUCUUUAUCUUCUGCCUACCAAAAGGGAAAUAAUACAGACAGACCAGUUUGUCUUUCUCCUGGUUCAGCAGUCCUUAUCGCAAUCCCUUGUCCACCAUCGGUUAGGCAAACUCCAUCAUCCACAGUAUCUGAACCAAAUUCGCGGGUUCAGUCCCCACUGACAUUACGCUCUAGAAUGUUUUCUCCUCCCCCAAGUCAAAACCCAGUAUGUCCAAAAUCUCCGCGAGUCCCAUCCUUCUCUAAGACAAGAGCAUGUUCAUUUACUCCUCUUUCCUUUAGUAAUCUGGAGCGAUCAUCUUCAUCAUCUGCAAAUUCGACUCCGACUUGCACAAGUCCUCCACCUUGUCCCUGGUCUCCUGGAUUUCCUCUCCAUUCAAGGAGAUCCUUUGUAAGUAAUAUACACAGCACUGGAGACAAUCCCAUCAGCCCAAGGGCUCUGCAUUCACCAGUUGGGUCCUUGAACGAAGAAAAUAAAUUUUGGUGUUCAAGCAGAUCACCCCCGUGUUUGGCUUCUGAGUCAAAUUCCCAUACCACUGGAAUCAGUGCUCACGAGUUAACCAGCAUCCAUUGGCCCGAUGUCCGUGAACUACGCACAAAGUAUGUGCCCUUCAAAACACAGAAAUCUACAAACUUCGAAAAGAAGUAUGACUUGAGGUCUUCAUCUUCAUUCAGACAAUGCAAGUCUCUGGAUGAAGGACCAAAUUUUUUCUUCAACAAUAACACUUCCUUGAAUUUCACGGCUUCACAUUCCCAGAUGGAAGAGCCUAGCGAAAUCUUAGAGCAUUAUGAAAGUACAGAGAAGAUGGACUCUAAUGACACCAAAGAAAAAGCCACUUUAAAGGCAAGCUAUUCCACCACUGUUAACAUACAAAUUGGUGGAAGUGGCAGAAUUGCAUCUUUUAGUAACGCCCAGGUGAGUCUAACACACCCCCUGCUGCAAGCUCCAGAGACAUUCUCUUCAAGAAAGAUAAACGUUAAUGGAAGCACCUUAGAGCAUAAAAAUGUGAAUUACAAGAAAAAAUGAUGAGGGUGGGAAGGCUCCAGUAUAAAAAAAAGAGAUGUCCUCUAGAAGAAAAAUACAUGCCAAACAUAAGACACAAUAAUAUACCAGUCUGCACUUUGUUUCUAUGUAGAGCAUUGUUAUGUGCCAAUAUGGCGGACCACAAGAUGGUCAGUCAGCAGGACUUAAUAGUAGGAGGUUCACUGAAGUUGCACUUACCAAUGAACUAUGUUUUUCGCUGCAAAGAUCCACCUUGAAGUCUUUGUAUUGCCAAACGUACACCAGAAGAAGGUAUACGUUGAUACUUUUUAAUACCCUUUAUCACCCCCCCACCAAGUUAUGGACGCAAGACAAUAUGUCAUGAGAGUCGUUUUAUUGCAGUGUAUUCUGUUUCAUAGUACAAAACAUAAGUAUAAGGGAUAACUUUAUGGGAUACAUACUGUAGAUACUACACAUAAAAAUGUGCCAUAUAGAAAACCAUUCAUAAUUGGAAGAAUAUAUUCCUCCUUGAUUGUGAUCCACAUGUCCAUGUAAUUCCUCAGGACCACCAAAAGGGCAAAUUAUCCCGAAGUCGUCUUCAACUGGGUUUUCUGCUGAACCUUUCAUAUUCCCUUGUAGCAGAGCCUCUUUGCAAUCCUAGAGCCUAGACCAUCCAGGGGAACCACUUGUCUUUUGGUGGAUUCAGGGUCUUCUUCUUAAACAAAUACUUACUACAUAGUAGAAGGUCUGUGAACUCAUGGUGCUGGAAUACAUUCCUUGUGAUCCACAUAUCCAUGUAAAUGGUCAUGUCGGAUUAUGAAUCCUCAGGUCCAUCAAAACAAAAACAAAAAAUAAACGGUAAAUGAACCCAAAGUCGUCUUCACCUGGGUCUUCUCCUGAACCUUUCACAUCCCCUUGUAGCAGGGCCUCUCUGCAAUGUUAGAGCCUGGACCAUCCAGAGGAACCUCUUGUCUUGAACAAAUACUUACUACAUUGUAGAAGGUCUGUGAACUCAUGAGUAGUGCCUUCAUUAGGGAACAUCAUUUUCAGAAAUUUCGUCACUCUUAUCCAAAUUGCUUUAAUCUCGACACAAAGAAGAAAUUCUCAGUGGCUUACGUCCCUCCUGUCAAAGGCCAGACCCUUAUAUAUAGCCUGCAUUCCAUAAAAAAGUGAUGGCAUAUUGCUUGGAUGAUCAUUGGGGGUCCAACCACUGGUCUUGAGAAUAAAGGGCCGCAGUGCCAAUUUAGUGCUGCGUUCCCUACAAAAUUUCCCCUGCACAGAAGUACUCACAGCCAACCGGCUUUGCAGGGAGAACUGCAGCUGGCUGUAUUGAGGCUUCCUAACUAUCCUCCGACAGCUGAGGCAUGGGAGACGAGUGUCGGGCAUGUCGAAUUUCAACAAAUCCAAAGGGAGACCAGCGGAGGAUGCGGCGAAGUUAUGUAGAGGCCGGCGCCUGCUUCUAAAACACCAGAGCCUGCGUCUAAGACACUGGUCUUAAUAAAUGACCCCCUUAGUCCUUUCUAAUGUAGGUCAAAACAAAUGUCAGGGGAGCAUCACCCCCACCAUUUGUCAAGUGAAAAUAUGCAGUACAAUGAAAUCUUGGACGAAUGCGACAUCCUCCAGUCUGAGCACUUAUGUCAUUCUCUCAUUUUAGCACUUUACAGAUUUAAGUAACAUCCCAUGCAAAAAAGCAACUACUUACAAAUCACAACCUGACAUGUUCAGCAGGAUCUCUGCUCCUGUCUUUUUAGACAAUAAAAUGAUCACUUUUAUCGGUAUGUUUUCCAUCCAGAUUUAAAAUAUUACAGUACCAGCAAAGUGGAUGAGAUUUUACAAAAAAACUCAUUUACAUGCAGAAAAUAAAUCAGCACAGAAGCUGACCUGCAAGGCAGGGAGUGAAACGCGUGGCUGAUCUGCAGCAAGACGAGAAAUCGACAUGUUGAUUUCUCUGCAGAUUCCUUGUCAAUUUUGCCACAAAAUUUGCGAUGGAUGAUUUUUCCAUUCAAUAUACAUCCCAU